GAAUUGACGUUUCAAAAUGAAUUUCGACUGAAGUAUCAGUCAAAUUCGGUCGAUUAUUUUGUAGAAUUCCAAAAUAUAAACUAAAAUGUCCUUAGCUAAAAUAUUUUCAGUGUCAACACGAGUCCGCACAUCUGGUGCCAGUGGUAUGCUAAUACGACAUGCCAGCUCAUCGCAAGAAGGCAAAGUUGAAAAAGUAUACCCGCCAAAUAUCCCAGGCUAUAAAUAUGUAAAUGCCGAAAAUCCAUCGGAGACUUUCAGAGAAAUGUCAGAUAGGGCAGCUCAAACUAUGUUCUGGACAGAGCUUGCUAGAGGCUUUGCUGUUACUUUGGCUCAUGUUUUUAAGGAACCAGCAACCAUUAAUUAUCCUUUUGAAAAAGGCCCCUUGUCACCAAGAUUUCGAGGAGAACAUGCAUUGCGUCGUUACCCAUCUGGUGAAGAACGGUGCAUUGCUUGCAAACUGUGUGAAGCCAUAUGCCCUGCUCAGGCCAUAACAAUAGAAGCAGAAGAACGCAAGGAUGGCUCACGACGAACCACCCGGUACGAUAUUGAUAUGACAAAAUGCAUCUACUGCGGAUUCUGUCAGGAGGCUUGCCCAGUGGACGCUAUUGUAGAGGGUCCCAAUUUUGAAUUCUCUACAGAAACCCACGAAGAACUGCUUUAUAAUAAGGAAAAAUUAUUAUCAAAUGGAGAUAAAUGGGAAAGUGAAAUAGCAUCUAACAUUAGAGCAGAUCAUUUGUACCGUUAAAAGAAUAUUUAUUUCAUUAGUUUAAUGUUAUUUUAAGACCUAUUUUGGGGGGAAUACGGCUUCAUAUAGAUUAGAAACAGUUUAAUAAUAUAUUGGUGGAAGAGUUAGGUUUGUUCAAUUUUAAUUUCUUCAAAAUAAGUCUUAAAACUAGAAAUAAAAUAAAACAAUGUUUUAUUAAUAAAUAAAUCAUCUCAUUAUAUUCAGAGUUUUAAUACAUUUUAAUGUCGAUAUUAAUAAGAUUAGCCCACUUAAUGGGAUUUCUUCGUCUUUUAGCUUGUUCACACAGAUGUAUAAUCUGGUAGUCAUUAUUUUCCAAGUCUAUAACAUGUUACAUAAUACACAACAAUAAUAAUCUAAGAGGUAGAUUCUUAUUUACAAACUUUAUAUGUGAACAUCGUGCCGAUUGCCAGAAUCACAUUAAUGCAUGUAUAGUGUUAAAACAAUAUUUAUAACAUAAUUCUUACAUGUAUCUGAAAACUAGACCAGUAUUGGGUGAUUAGUAUAGCCCGAUAUUGCUAACAUUAUAAAGACAUCUAUAGAACUGAAACAGUAUCAAUAAAUGUGAGAUCUCUUUCAUAAUACAAUAUAUAACAUGAUUCUAAAACAGUUAAAAAGCAACAUAGAUCUCUAGAUGUGAGGUACAGAUCUGAAUAA